UUACAGGCUCCACACAUAAUUUAAUUUUACUGGGUAAAUACUUAAAAUUAGCCUAAUUAUUAGUUUCUUCAUGUUGUGUAGUAUCCCAUGCUUUUCUAGAAUUCCCCUUUUGGAGUAACUUUGUGCAUCACCUCGUUUUUCAAUAUUGGUGUAGAGCAUAAGUUGUAUUUCAUGUUGCAGGUAGUUUUGGAUCCAAACAUACCAGUCAAGAUCUUAAAUGAAAUCAAGAGUGUACUUGUCGUAAAUCUUGUAUCACAUGGGCAAUUGUCCGAGGCUCUCCUUGUCUAUGAACAGAUUAAGAAAGGUGGACAUAAGUUGGAGCCAAAAGCGAUUACAUGUCUAAUUGAAGAGUUGACUCAACACAAUGGGGAGUUGGAUCGAUUGCUACUUCUACUCAACGAAAUGAGUGAUCUGGACUAUUGGGUUGAUGGCUGUUUCAAGGUCAUCUUGUACUGUGCACGGAACAAUAAUUUGAGCUCUGCUAUUCUUUUGCUCAAACAACUCAAGGAUACGUUUGAAAAUGAUGAAAUGGUACUGGAAGCCCUUUUUGACGGAGUAUUUUCUGCAAUUGUAGCAUCAGAGGCCACUCAUUUACAGAUUGGCCUGGACUUGCUUUGGGCAAUCAAGGAUGAACUGGGCCUUAGGCCCUCACGGCAGUGUCUUGAUUUUCUUCUAAGUGCUUGUGCCAAUGCUGGAGAUUUGAACAAUGCUCGCUUGAUUUGGAGGGAGUACGAGAUUGCUGGGUUUCCUUACAAUGUAUUAAGUUACUUGCGAAUGUAUCAAACACUUUUGGCAGCUGGAGAUGGCAGAUCUGCAUCCUUUAUCCUUAAGAAAAUUCCACGAGACGAUGCGGAGGUUUGUGCUGUCAUCAUGGCAUGUGCGGAAACAUAUAGUGCUCUUAAUUCUGUAGGAGAGAAGAAAGAGCAAGGAAAACGUAAAGGAAGAAAGAGCAAAAGAAAGAGCAAAAGAAAGAGCAAGACCUGAACACACUUUCCAGUGACAUUUGUAGGGUAGGUAGGGGAAAGAGAGAUAUGCCUAAUUUUUUCUGUGGCUUUAGACAUGUGCUUCACACCUGACAUGAUGUAUCCAUUUUAUGCUUAAUAUAUUUCCUACAAUCGCUCUUC